AAAACCCUUAAGUCAUAUCUUUGAAACUGAUAAAAAAAGAUAACAUAAGAAAUGGCCUCUCAAUUGCUUUUGCCUCCAAACUCAUUCACCAAAUCAGUCUCAUCACCUAAAGUUUUCUUUACUGGUGAUUGUCAAGGAUUGAAUGAUGUAACUCUUAAAAGAAGAUGGAAGCAAGAAACAAGGGUUUCAAAUGGGUUUAGCUUAAGAGCUAAAGCAGCUUUGAGAUCUGAUACCAACAAAUCAGUCGUUGAGAUUCCAAAACAAUGGUACAAUCUUGUUGCUGAUCUUUCAGUCAAGCCUCCUCCACCGUUGCAUCCAAAGACUUUUGAACCGAUCAAACCUGAAGAUUUGGCUCAUCUUUUCCCUAAUGAGUUAAUUAAACAAGAAGCAACUCAAGAGAGGUUUAUUGAUAUCCCUGAGGAAGUUCUUGAAAUCUAUAAGCUUUGGCGUCCAACUCCUCUAAUCAGAGCAAAGAGAUUGGAGAAGCUUCUUCAAACACCUGCAAGGAUUUACUUCAAAUAUGAAGGUGGUAGCCCAGCUGGUUCUCACAAACCCAACACAGCAGUUCCGCAAGCUUAUUACAAUGCGAAAGAAGGUGUCAAGAACGUUGUGACAGAAACCGGCGCUGGCCAAUGGGGAAGUUCUUUAGCAUUUGCUUCUAGUCUGUUUGGCCUUGACUGUGAAGUAUGGCAAGUUGCCAACUCGUAUCACCAAAAGCCAUAUCGCCGGUUAAUGAUGCAAACUUGGGGUGCAAAGGUUCAUCCAUCACCAUCUGAUCUCACUGAGGCGGGUAGAAGAAUCCUCGAAUUAGAUCCUUCAAGUCCGGGAAGUUUAGGCAUUGCGAUUUCAGAAGCUGUUGAAGUUGCUGCAAGAAAAGAGGAUACAAAAUACUGUCUAGGGAGUGUACUGAACCAUGUGUUGUUACACCAAACAAUUAUUGGAGAAGAAUGCAUUCAACAAAUGGAGAAUUUUGGCGAAACGCCUGAUAUUAUCAUCGGGUGUACUGGUGGAGGAUCGAAUUUUGCUGGUUUGAGUUUUCCUUUUAUCCGGGAGAAACUCAAAGGCAAGAUGAAUCCUGUUAUCAGAGCGGUUGAGCCUUCGGCUUGUCCUUCCUUGACCAAAGGGGUUUACGCUUAUGAUUUCGGCGAUACGGCUGGACUAACUCCUUUGAUGAAGAUGCAUACUUUAGGACAUGACUUCAUUCCUGAUCCUAUCCACGCAGGUGGACUGCGGUACCAUGGGAUGGCACCCUUGAUUUCACAUGUUUAUGAACAAGGUUUCAUGGAAGCAAUAUCAAUUCCUCAAAUAGAGUGUUUCCAAGGUGCUAUUCAGUUUGCAAGAACAGAAGGUAUAAUACCAGCGCCCGAACCGACUCAUGCCAUUGCCGCAACCAUAAGAGAAGCUCUCCGAUGCAAAGAAACAGGAGAAGCAAAAGUGAUACUAAUGGCUAUGUGUGGACAUGGCCACUUCGACCUUACCUCUUACGACAAGUAUUUACAAGGCGAAUUGAUAGAUUUAUCAUUCAGCGAAGAGAAGAUACGAGAGUCUUUGUCCAAAGUUCCUCAUGUUGUUUAGUUCCAAGUAUUUUUCAUCACGUUGAAGUGUGUUUUUCUUGGGUCGAGUUUUGUGCUACAGAGACAAAAGCUCAUAUUCACCUCUCAGUGGUCGAGUUUUGUGUUUCUUCUUUAUUUUUUUUAAACAACUUUCUCUCGUAGCUGGUUGUAAUAAUAAUGUGAUUAUUAUGGGUGUGUUGGCAAAGUAGUACGUUUUUGAAACAUAAUUAUAAAGAUAGUACAUUUACUA